AUGGCUGUGACAACGAGACAGCGAAAAACCAAGCGGAGAUGGUAUACCACAGGUCAACAGAGUUUUGAACACCGGCAAAAAAAGGUUAAACGUGACAAGAACAAUAAAGAUGUUGUUUUGCGUGCCAUAAAACGGCAACAGAGAGCAACGGAAAACGAGACACUGCCUAGUUAUAUGAAGGUAGACGUUAUGCAACUAAGAAAUUUGGAAAACGAUUGGAAGGAGGAUGCAUCUAAGUGCAAGUUGACCAAUAACUUGGACCAUGCUAUAUUGGCACUAUACGUCAACAGUGGUUAUACAAGAUAUGACGAGCACUUGGGUUACUCAUUUGCACAUUCUGGCACUGUUGUGGAUACAGCUAGAAUCGCAGAGGAAGUUGCUGCAGAAGCACUAUCUGAGGAUGAGCUACAAGAGAUCAUCAAGAGAUAUGUGGAUGCCUACAGCUUUUGUUCUGAAUUGCUUGCUUGUGGAGCUUGUGGAAUAAGGCAGUAUGAAUCUGAUAACAGUAGUGCAACUAUAAAAUACCAUCAAGUUCGACUGUCACAAUUGCCACAUGUGUACAGAUAUGACGCAGCACAACAUUUAAGACUGGACCAGAUGAAGGAAAAGGGGUUAUUGCAAAUACCUGAUGUCAGUGGUACAAGAAGAAUAGCAAUUGAGCCGUGGAAAGCUGUGUCACACUUUGUCUCUCCGGAAGAUGGAGCAACGUAUCAUUUGCAUCCCGAACUUGUUACUUUGGUGCACAAUGACAAGGGAGAAGCCUGCGCUGCAUAUACAAACCUAUGUCCUUGA